UGCGCACAUGUAAACCAGUUUAUACCAGUUUGAACUGAUAUUGCUUCGUUUGAUGGCUGCCUGCCUGGGACGGCGUACGAAAGAAUAUCUCUGCGAAUGCUAGUCCCUCAACCGAUGUUGAACACCAUGGAGGACGCACAGAAGCUGUUAGACUUCAGCCAGAAGCUGGACAUCACUCUUCUGGACAGAGUGGUGAUGUGCAUGUACAAUGGAACUGGCGAGCAGCAACGGGAGUCGCAGUUCAUCCUGACGACGCUGAAGGAGCACAUGGACGCCUGGACCCGAGUGGACACGAUCCUCGAGUUCUCCACCAACCAGCAGACCAAGUACUACGCUCUGCAGAUCCUCGAGCAGGUGAUCCAGACACGCUGGCGCGCGCUGCCCCGCAACCAGUGCGAGGGUAUCCGCAAGUACAUCGUCGGCCUCAUCAUCAAGAUCUCGUCCGUGCCGGAGAACCUGGAGCGGGAGAAGGUGUAUCUGAGGAAGCUCAACUUCAUCCUGGUUCAGAUCCUGAAGCGGGAGUGGCCCCGCAACUGGGACUCGUUCAUCACAGACAUCGUCGGCUCCAGCAAGGCCAACGAGGCGCUCUGCCACAACAACAUGCACAUCCUAGCGCUGCUUUCCGAGGAGGUGUUUGACUUCAGCGCCGGCAAGCUCACCCAGGCCAAGGCCAAACACCUCAAGGACACCAUGUGCUCCGAGUUCAGCCAGGUCUUCCAGCUCUGCCAGUUUGUGAUGGAGUCGUCGCAGAACGCGCCUCUGGUAGGCGCCACGCUCGACACCCUGCUCCGGUUUCUGAACUGGAUCCCGCUCGGCUACAUCUUCGAAACGAAACUCAUCAGUCUGCUCAUCUACAAGUUCCUGAACGUGCCCAUGUUCCGGAACGUGACGCUGCAGUGUCUGACAGAGAUCGCCAGCGUCACCGUCUCCAACUACGACGACAUGUUCAUCCAGCUGAUCACGCAGACGGCCGCCCAGCUGGAGCAGAUGCUGCCGGUCAACACCAACAUCCGGGAGGCGUAUGCACACGGUCAGGACUCGGAGCAGAAGUUCAUCCAGAACCUGUCCGUGUUCCUGUGCGUCUUCCUGCGCGAGCACGGCACGCUCGUGGAGAAAAAGUCACCAGAGACCCUCAACAAGGCGCUCAACUACCUGGUGCUGAUCUCGGAGGUGGACGAAACGGAGAUCUUCAAGAUCUGCCUCGAGUACUGGAACGUGCUGGCCGGCGACCUGUACCGCGAGAACCCGUUCACGUCGCCCACCAACCCGUUCCCGUUCAUGGCGCGGCCCAGCAGCCAGCCGCAGGGACGGCGCGCCCUCUACAGCGUCGUCCUCACCAAGAUCCGCUACAUCAUGGUAGGCCGGAUGGCUAAGCCGGAAGAGGUGCUGGUGGUGGAGAACGAGCAGGGCGAGGUGGUGCGCGAGUUCAUGAAGGACACGGACGCCAUCAACAUGUACAAGUCGAUGCGCGAGACACUCGUCUACCUCACCCACCUGGACUACGUCGACACCGAACGCAUCCUCACCGAGAAGCUGCAGCGCCAGGUCAACGGCACCGAGUGGUCCUGGAAGAACCUCAACACGCUCUGCUGGGCCAUCGGCUCCAUCUCGGGCGCCAUGCACGAGGAGGACGAGAAGCGUUUCCUGGUGACGGUCAUCCGCGACCUGCUCGGCCUCUGCGAGCAGAAGAAGGGCAAGGACAAUAAGGCCAUCAUCGCCAGCAACAUCAUGUACGUCGUGGGCCAGUACCCGCGCUUCCUCAAGGCCCACUGGAAGUUCUUGAAGACGGUUGUCAACAAGCUGUUCGAGUUCAUGCACGAGACGCACGACGGCGUGCAGGACAUGGCGUGCGACACGUUCAUCAAGAUCGCCCAGAAGUGCCGCAAACAAUUUGUCACCGUGCAGGUCGGCGAGGUGUGGCCCUUCAUCGAGGAGAUCCUGGGCGCCAUCAGCACGCACAUCUGCGACCUACAGCCGCAACAGGUGCACACCUUCUACGAGGCGGUGGGCUACAUGAUCGCUGCCCACCCGGACCCCAGCAUCCAGGAGAACCUCAUGGAGAAGUACAUGUCGCUGCCCAACCAAGUGUGGGAUGACGUCAUCAACCAGGCGAGCAAGAACGUUGACAUCCUGAAAGAUCAGGAGGCGGUGAAACAACUAGCUAACAUCCUGAAGACGAACGUGCGAUCGUGCACAGCCGUCGGCCACCCAUUCGUCAUCCAGCUCGGCAGGAUAUACCUAGACAUGCUGAACGUUUACAAGGUGAUGUCUGAGAACAUCAGCGCCGCCAUCGCGGUCAACGGCGAGACGGUGACGCGGCAGCCGCUCAUCAAGAUGAUGCGUGUCGUGAAGAAAGAGACGCUGAACCUCAUCGCCACCUGGGUCGGCAAGAGCACCGACAACCAGAUGGUGCUGGAGAACUUCAUCCCGCCGCUGCUGGAUGCCGUGCUGCUCGACUACCAGCGGACGCCGGUGCCGGCGGCGCGCGAGCCCGAAGUGUUGAGCACGAUCACCGUCAUCGUCAACAAGCUGGGCGACAACAUCACGCAGCAGAUCCCCAAGAUCUUCGACGCCGUGUUCGAGUGCACGCUCAACAUGAUCAACAAGGACUUUGAGGAGUACCCGGAGCACCGGACCAACUUCUUCAACAUGCUGCAGUCGGUGAACCAGCACUGCUUCUCGGCGUUCGUGGCCAUCUCGGCGCAGCAGUUCAAGCUGGUGCUCGACUCGGUGAUCUGGGCCGUCAAACACACGAUGCGGAACGUGUCGGAGACGGGCCUGCAGAUCAUGCACCAGAUGCUGCUGAAUGUGGCGCAGCAGGACAAGAUGGCGCAAGGCUUCUACCAGACGUACUACACCACCAUCCUGCACCACCUGUUCACGGUCAUGACAGACACGUCGCACACGGCCAACCUGACGCAGCACGCCACCAUCAUGGCCUACAUGUUCAGCAUCGUCGAGCAGGGACAGGUGACGACGAUGCUGAACAGCGCGGUGCCGGCCGCCGGCGACGCGCAGGCCGUCACGGCCGCCAACAUCGUGUUCGUCAAGGAGUUCGUCGCCAACCUGCUGAAGGCCGGCUUCCCGCACUUCACCGACAACCAGAUCAAGAUCACCGUCCAGGGGCUGUUCGAUCUCAAUCAGGACCUGAGCGCGUUUAAGGAGCACAUCCGUGAUUUCCUCGUCCAGAUCAAGGAGUUCACCGGCGACGACGCCGACCUGUACCUGGACGACAGGGAGGCGGCGCUGCGGCGAGCGCACGAGGAGAAGCGCAAGCAGCAGGCGGCCGUGCCGGGCAUCCUCAACCCGCACGAGGUCGGCGAGGAGAUGCAAGACUGAGCCGCCGCCGCCGCCGCCGCAGCCGUCCGCGGUCGGUCGCCUAACUUAAUACGUGUGUCGGACGAGUGAGAGGUCUCAUUGCACGCGCGGCCGCCACCCGCGCGGGGUCUACCGUGUCGUUCCAGACAUGCCCCGGCGGCCCGGCCACUCUGUGAUUUUACACUAGUGGAUUAUUUCAGCGUCGCUUUGUUAGGUAUUUUUAGGAUUCAUCUUUCCAGUGUGCGUGCGGCCCAGAGGUGUAGCUUGUUGCGUUGUCGUUGUCGGGGGCGCACCGCGCCGCUGUCCGCCGCCUGCCUGCCCGCCUGUCUGUCUGUCCGGCUGUCUGUCUGUGCGUGAGGCUGGCGGCGCGGCCGUCGGCUGGGCCGCGCCUCCCGGCCCCCCAAAGAUACGUGUCCCAUAUGUUUUCUUUCACCGGGUCUCGGACCGGAGAGGCGUCUUCACCCUAAAUAAUAGGUUUUGUACAAAAUAAAUAGCUGUCACCUGA